AUGGGAAAAACUACUAUUUCAAAAAUUGAAGUAGAUACAUGUAGUGCUAUUUGGGAUAAAUUAUUACCUACUUAUUUGUCGGAACCUACAGUUGAUAUGUGGAAAUCAAAUUCCAAAGAUUUUUAUAAAAAUUGGAAUUUUCCGAAUUGCCUUGGAAGCAUCGAUGGAAAACAUAUAAGGAUUAAUCAGCCACAAAAUUCGGGUUCAAUGUACUACAAUUACAAGCAUUUUUUUUCUAUACAACUACUUGCUGUUUCUGAUGCAAAUUACAAAUUUGUGAUGGUUGACAUUGAACUUCCAAAUACCAACAUAAAAGUACCAUACACAUUCAUAGGCGAUGAAGCAUUUCCAUUAUUAGUUAAUAUAUUACGUCCAUAUCCUGGCAAACAACUCAUAAAUAAUAAUAAAAAAAAAAAAAAAGUUGCUAAUAUCUCUGAAGGCAGAAAGAAAGGCAGAAGAAAUAAUAGAUUUAAUACAGAUGCCAGAGACACUAGAGAAAUAUUCGCCGACUAUUUUAUUAGUGAGUAUGGUUCAGUUCCUUGGCAAAUGGACUAUAUUUAA